CCUACUUCCGACGCGCCUGGGUUGUUCACGCCAGCGUGUUGUUCUCCGGGGAUGCAGUUGGACUCUACUCCAUAGCCCUGAAAACUCUUAUUUCGGAAGAAGGGAAGGUUUACGCAUAGACACGUUAGAGCUUCUGAACCUCCGAUCUACUUUGAAGGCGGCAUAGAACCACCGAGGUGGAAGCAGUUCUCUCUUUCAGGCGCAAAAGAACAUUCUCCGUCAGACAGAAACCACAACAAAGAAUGGCCUCUGCUAACUCUUCCUGGUCUGAGGAGAACUUUUCAUGUUGCAUCUGCCUGGAUGUGCUCAGCAGCCCAGUUACCACACCAUGUGGGCACAACUUCUGUAGAACCUGUAUUACAAGGCACUGGGAUGAACAAGACCGGUACAAAUGUCCUGUUUGCAACAAGCUUUUUGACACAAGACCUGAUUUACGGAUCAAUAUCCUCUUAUCGGAGAUGGUUGAACGGUUUGGAACAUCCGUAAGAGUAAAAGAGCAGCCUUGUGUUGAACAAGGAGAAGUUCCCUGUGACGUCUGUACUGGGACCCUGCUGAAGGCUGUGAAGUCCUGCCUAGUGUGCCUUAUGUCUUUUUGCCAAACCCACCUGGAGCCACAUCAGAGAGUCUCAGUCCUGAAGAAACAUCGGCUGGUCGAGCCUAUGGACCGUCUAGAAGACAGGUUGUGUAAGAAACACGACCGACUUCUGGAGCUCUUCUGCAAGAAUGAACAAGUGUAUGUGUGUCAGUUCUGCAGAGAGACAGACCACAAGUUCCAUCCUGUUGUACCUCUAAAGGAGGAAUAUGACGUGAAGACGGCCCAACUGGGGAAGAUAGAGGCUGAAGUUCAGCAGAUGAUCCAGGAGAGAAAAAUAAAGGUUAAGGAGAUCAGAGACACAGUUAAUCGCAGCAAAGCAGACGCAGACCGAGAGAUAGCUGAUGGUGAGCAGAUCCUCACUACUCUGAUGCGCUGUAUUAAGAAGUGCCAGGAUGAUCUCAACCGAAUGAUUAAAAAGAGACUGAAAUCCACUGAGAAACAAGCUGAGGACCUCAUCACAGAGCUGGAGCAGGAGAUAGAAGAUCUGACCAAUAGAAGCUCAGAAGUGAAGCAGCUCUCACACACUAAAGACCACCUCCACUUCCUCCAGGCUUUCAGAACCCUCAAAAAUCCUCCACACACCAGGGACUGGACGACGGUGGAGGUCCGUCCUCCGUCAUACGUAGGGACCUUCAUGAGAUCCCUGGAUCAGCUGGAGCAGAAACUGAGCAGGGAGAUGAAGAAGCUGCAUGAUGAACUGAAGAAGGUCCAGCAGUAUGAAGUAGAUGUGAUUCUGGAUCCUGAUACAGCUCAUCCCCUUCUCAUCCUGUCUGAGGAUGGGAAACAAGUACAUCUUGGAAGUGUGGCGGAGGAUCUCCGAGACAACCCUAAGAGAUUUACACAGUAUAUAUUUGUCCUCACAAGGCAGAGUUUCACCUCAGGGCGAUUUUACUUUGAGGUCCAGGUUAAAGACAAGAUUCAAUGGUUUUUAGGAGUGGCCAGAGAGUCCAUCAACAGAAUAGAUGAGACCAAUUGGACCCCUGAGACAGGUUACUGGACUAUUGGCUACGGCAAGAAUGGGUUGUCAUUUCAUAAUAACCCUUCUGUCGGUCUCCGUCGGAGAGCUGAGCUCACGAAGGUGGGGGUGUUUGUUGAUUAUGAUCAGGGUCUGGUCUCCUUCUAUGAUGUGGAAGCCAGGGUUCAUCUCUACUCUGCAACUGGCUGCACCUUUAGUGAGCCUCUCUACCCAAUCCUCAACCCGGGUCUCUUUAAUUGUGAAGGUAUAAACUCUGCCCCCCUGAUCAUCUCACCUGUCAAUCAAACAGACUAGGACAUUUGUUUGAUAAUAAAAUAAUGAAGCAACUAAUGUUACCUGAAUUAGAAUCUCUACUAUGUGAGAUCUGAGAGAACUGUAUUUAUAUCAUAUUGUUGGAGAAUUUCAUUAAGCAACUAACAAAACAAACAUAAUGUAACCUAUGAUCAAUUAUAAAAUGGUUCAAUGUCUGUUUUCUCAUGGAUGUUUUUUAAGUUUAAUGAUAUCAAAUGGUUAAAGGUUGCAGUCAAGUAGCAUUUUGAAAGUAUGAAAUGUGCAUUUUAAUUAAAUAAUCGAUCUAUUUUCGCUAAACAAUUUUUGUAGUUUAUUUUUCAGAAUAAUGUAUGACAACACAAUCAAAUAUUUGUACACUUUUUAGAUUUGAAUAAAACUGUAAAUAAAAGUA